GCGGGGGGAGAAAGCCUGGCGGAGCCGGGAGAGGAGGCUGCGGCCGGGCAGGGACGGGGGAGCCGCCUCGGGAGCCAUCCACGCCCAGCAGACAGUGAGAGACCCCGGCCCGGCCAUGCCCAACUUCUCCGGCAACUGGAAGAUGAAGAGCUCGGAGAACUUCGAGGAGCUGCUCAAGGCGCUGGGCGUCAAUGUGAUGCUGAGAAAAAUCGCAGUGGCCGCGGCCUCCAAGCCGGCAGUGGAGAUCAAGCAGGACGGAGAGACCUUUUACAUCAAGACCUCAACCACAGUGCGCACCACCGAGAUCCACUUCAAGAUUGGUGAGGAGUUUGAGGAGCAGACUGUGGAUGGGCGGCCGUGCAAGAGCUUGGCCAAAUGGGAGAGCGAGAACAAGAUGGUGUGUGAGCAGCGGCUGCUCAAGGGCGAGGGGCCCAAGACAGGCUGGUCCAGGGAGAUGACCAAUGACGGGGAACUCAUCCUGACCAUGACAGCUGAUGAUGUCGUCUGCACGAGGGUCUACAUCCGGGAGUGAGGCUCCGGCAGGGCCGCACCGGGCUCCUAUGGCCCCAAUCCUGCCCCCUCCACAGACCUCCAAGACCCCUGGCAUGGAGACCCAACCCAGGUGCCCCAGAGGCCCCACUCCACAAUCACCCCUGCCCCUUUGCCCUGCCACCUCCAUCCCAUCCCGGCACAGCAGGGUUCAAGCAACUCUGAUUAACCCCUCAUGGGCUUGUCCUGUCCAGCCCCAGCAGUGGGUGCUUCACCCUUGCACCCUUCCCAUUUGCCCAAUGACACCAACAGUUUUCCCAUCUGCUGCAAACCCAGCUGCCCCUUGAUGCCUGUGGGAGCCUAGCAGCUUGCCCAAACCCUGGAAGCCUGCAAGACCGCAAUGCCUUCAGUGCAAUUUGAAGGACCCUUUGCUCUCUGGGGUGGCAGGGAAUAGCCCAGCUGUGCUGCCUUUGCCAGAAAUAGCGGUGCAAGCACUUGUGCAUAAACUGGAAUAAGAGCGUCCACAUGCAGGAGAUGCCCAGCGUUAAGGAAACUGGGGUCAUCCUUGAAUUGGGACAGCCCUGCUCCCUGACUUCCUUCCAACCCCAUCUCCCCCAAUUCCUGACUAGACCCCUCCCUUUGCCUCUCCUGCCCCAUCAAAGCCAUCUCCAUGCCUGCCUGCCCCCCUCCAAGCACCAUGUGCUUUUCCAACCUGCAUCCAUGUCCCAGGGCCUCGCCAAAAUUGUCCGUGAUCUUACCUGUCCAAACAGGAUCCUUCCCCCUCCAUGGAGGUUUCCCUCCCCGGUUCCCUCCCCGCCCCCAGACAACAGUUCAAGACGAGAAGUGGAAAGUGCUGUGCGUUCCUUUUUAAUUUCCCCUGGCUUUGAUUUUUGAUUUUAUACAGAAUAUUUUUUCAUAUGCCCCUAGGAAGAACCUGUAGUGUUGUCUAGACAUGCUCUUUUCCCCAUGUAGAGCCUUGAAACUCUUGCUCGCUCGCUCGCUGUCUCCUGUCCUGGUAGUUUAUCCUCAUUUUUCUUUGUUUGAGUAUUUAUUUGUUAAUAUUUUAUUAAAAAGGAAGCAAUCCACACCACAAAAGAAAUCCCAGCCCCAGCCAGCCAGGCCUCCAGGGAUCUUGCCUUGAACGUCGUGUCCUUCUGGACGCCUCUUUCUUUUAAUAAAUGUCUCACAAGUUA